UUACCUUCCAAAGGGAACAUUGAAGGAUUGUGAAGGGAAUCCAUUGCAGGAAGCUUCUCCGAAAGGAGCAAAGACAAUUCAUCACAAUCAAUCUCCAUUAGACCUUAACUCCUUAAACCUCAACUUCCUUCAUUUACCCCUCAAAGCUCGCUUUGAAUUUCAAACCCUCGUUUUUUCCCCAAGAACCCUAUCAAUCUGGUAAGUACCCUUUUCUGCUUUUGAGCUAUUUUUUUGGUCUUACACGAAAUUCAAGGCCAAUUCGAAGACUUUUCGUUGCUUUACCCGAGUUACAGUAGGUUUUUAAUUGAAAAACCGAGGAUCAUGGUUCUUGGGUAAUUUGAAAUAUUUGUUGACAAAUGGAGAAAUCUAAUGGUUUUUUCAUUAGAAAAAGUCCAUGGCUUCGUGGGUUGUUCAAUAUUGUAUGUGCCCUAGUUCUACUGUUUAUGUUCUAUAACAGUGAAGAUAUUGUGACCAAUCCAAUUUUAAAAGAGUCAUCUUUAGUUCCUAGUCAGUGGCACACAAGGAGUAGUUUUGGUGGUUAUUCUUUCUAUACACGUGUGAUUCGUCGAGGGGUAUUAGAAGUAAACGGGUCUGCAGAUGCUAAUGAUUUUGCUGUAAAAAAGCCUCAGUUAUGUGCAGGAUUGUUUGAUCACACGGGGUAUAAGAGUAGUUGUGAUUUCUUGAAAGCUCAUCCGGAUUGCUCCUCCGGGGGGUUCUUUGAUUACUUAAAGUUCUAUUACUGUAAUUGUAAUGGAAGUGCGUGGGCUUAUGUAGUGUUUGGUGUUUGGCUUGCUGCAUUGUUCUAUCUUUUGGGUAACACUGCAGCUGAUUACUUUUGUGGUUCCUUGGAGAAACUGGCUAGCUUGUUGAAGCUAUCGCCUACGGUUGCUGGAGUUGUUUUACUCCCGCUUGGUAAUGGCGCUCCGGAUGUAUUUGCGAGUAUUGCUGCUUUUGUAGGAAGUGGUGCUGGUGAUGUUGGGCUUAACAGUGUUUUAGGUGGGGCUGUGUUUGUUACUUGUAUUGUUGUGGGUGUUGUUUCUCUUUGUGUAGCUGAUCAGGAUGUUCAGGUUGACCGGAAAUGCUUUAUUAGGGAUAUUGUCUUCUUCAUUGUGACUCUGAUGUCACUAUUGUUAAUCUUGAUUGUUGGUGAGGUUAGUGUCGGAGCAACCAUUGCAUUUAUAUUGAUAUAUGUUGUUUAUGCCUUUGUUGUUGCUGCCAAUGAGAUGUUGAGGAAGCAUGCGCGACAAUUGAGAUUGGAUGUUGUUACCCCUUUGCUUCCUGUUAGAGGAAGUAUAUUUUCUGAAGGGACUCAGGAGGAUGACUCCAUUUAUAGCUCUUUGCUUGAUGUUGAGACAGAAGAGAGGAGCGUACAGUCACAUAGUUCCUUGCCGCAGUGGAUGUGGGCAUCAAAUGUGGCAAUAUAUUCUAAUCAGUCAUUGAAGGUGCAUGAUGGGGAAAGACCUUUGUGGGGAUGGAUUGAGGAGGAUGGAGAAGUCAAAAGCCCGUCAUUUUCCUGCUCUCAGCUCUGUUCACUUCUGGAGCUGCCAUUGACUGUGCCAAGACGGUUGACAAUUCCCCUAGUCGAGGAGGAAACUUGGUCAAAGCCAUAUGCUGUAGGCAGUGCUGCUUUAGCUCCUGUUCUUCUAGCAGCUUUAUGGAAUACUCACGACAAUGCAGGCACCCUAGGCAGAAAUGUUGCAAUAUUUUUUGGCAUUUCUACUGGUUGCACGUUGGGUAUUCUUGCAUACAAGUAUACAAGAGCUGACCGGCCACCUCAGAGGUUUUUGCUUCCAUGGGUUUUGGGGGGUUUUAUUAUGAGUAUCGUUUGGUUUUAUAUGAUUGCGAAUGAACUGGUGGCACUGCUGGUUGGAUUGGGUGUGGUACUGGGGGUUAAUCCUUCAAUUCUUGGGCUAACGGUUUUGGCUUGGGGCAAUUCAAUGGGUGAUCUGGUCUCAAAUGUUGCUUUGGCGAUGAAUGGUGGAGAUGGUGUGCAGAUUGCUUUAUCUGGAUGCUAUGCAGGUCCCAUGUUCAAUACACUUAUUGGGUUAGGAAUCUCAUUAUUUCUCGGUGCCUGGUCAGAGAAGCCUUCUUCUUUCAUACUUCCACGGGACAAAAGCUUGUUCUUCACCAUAUGUUUCCUCAUGUCUGGUUUGCUAUGGGCCCUCUUUGUUCUUCCCAGGAAUGACAUGCGCCCUAACAAGAUGCUUGGUGUAGGCCUUAUCAUCAUCUAUUCGGUAUUUCUGUCUGUUCGGCUGAGCAGUGCAAUGGGAAUUGUUUCAUUCUUUGGGCUUAGUGGUUAGUAUGGAAAUCAUUAAUCAUCUGGCACUGAGAAUUCAGAUUGUGUUAAUUGAUUUGGUUAGUGAGCUUCAUUUGUAUCUUGUUGGAAGCAAGGGACAAAGUUCCAUUGUAAGGAGCUUGUUAUGUCCAUCAAUGAUGUAUUCUGCUGUACAAAUACUCACAAUUUGAUGAGCAGAUACUUGUCUCGAUGAAAAAGAUUGUAAGACAUGUUGUAUCAAUGAACAAGCUGAUCACCAUUUUGCGUGGAGACAUUAUGAUGGUGUUGGUUAGAAAAUGAUUUUGUUUUGGGAGAAUUGGUACUGAUUUUGUUUUCCGGAAAACAAAUGUGAGUUUGACUAUUGGUAUUUAGUGUUUAACAAACAUUGGAUUUGUUUUUGGAAGAAUUGGUGUUGAAUUUCUUUUAUUGGAAAAUAAUAUGACGAAAACUCUUAAAGCAUUUUAGAGCCUUUAUGAUUAAUCAAAUUGACUAAAAUAUCUUUAUUUGAGACUAAACAUAUUUUCAAAGAAAUGGGUUUUGAAAAGAAAAAAAGUUCAUUUGAAGAAUAGAAAAAAGGAGGCUAAAGUGAAACUCAGUCCAAGCAAAUUGUGACCAAAUUGUUACAUUGUCAGAGUCAAGUGAACCCACUUCUUGAUAGCUAAAAAACAACUAUGGUUUGGUUUUUAACCAAGCAAACUUAUGUGGUCCCAUCCUGGUAUUUGGUUAUUGGUAACCGGGGGUAGGAAAUGAAGUUGGUGUCAAGUAGGUGGGUGUCAGUGGCAGUCUAUUGCUGUAUGAGGCCCCUCUUCUUCUUGUCAUAUCAAGAGAGCGCGGCUCUGUUUCAAAUUCAUACUGUAGACGAGGUGUCUCCUGAGGAACUGCAGGACGUAUUAACUGAGGGUAGUGAAGAGUUUGGCUCCCACUUCUUUGGUUUUCCCAUGAGUGCUAUUGUUGCUUGCGAAGUAAUAUAUGCUGUGUCUGGACUCUGGAGUGCUUUCAGAGAAACGUUAUUAGCAGUCUCUUGAGGAAUUUCAUUAUUGACUCUGCUCUGCAGUUGUUUCAUGCUCCAAUGUGUCUGCUGUAUGGCAAGGUGAGUUCUUCCUAAUUAUUCCAAAAAUAUAACCUAAUGUCAUAGUAAAGGAGAGAUAUAUCACUUUGAAUCAUACAGUACGCCUAUGUUCUGUGCUUUUAAUUGAUUAUCCUGAGCUGUCCAUAAGUGUUACUACAAUAUACUGCAGUAGAUGGCAACUUUCCGCUCGUCUCUCUUUUUCAUUUCAUUGAUAAAGUUGUCUUCUUGAUCAGAAUUAUUCUGCUAACUGCUGUAGCCACGACAAUUUGGCAGCAUUAAGCUGGUCUUUUUUUUUUGUUGAAAAGUCAAGAUCAUUUCCUCGAUGGCUCGAUAUCACACAGUUUUUUUUUUUUUGAUGAAGUAAUUGGUUUCAUUGAUGGCAUCAAGAAGAUGCAGAAUAGUUACAAAAGUAAUGAAAAUUGCUAGCUCCAAUACAAAAGGGCAAAAAAAAAAAAAUCAGCUUAGUACUAGGGAGCUAACAAAGUUCAGAUAACUAUCAGGAGAAUCUACAGGGGCUAAAUAAGCCCAACUAAAUUAAUACACUAGGCAAAAAGCUUUGAGAGAUUGAGCAGUUGAUAUCCCAUCAAAACACCUUCUAUUCCGUUCAUUCCAGAUAGUCCAAGAAAUGGCUGCAGGUAUCAUCUUCCAUAUUUUCCUGAUGGAGCUAUCAACUUUCCUAAGGCUCCAGCUCUCAAAAGCUUCCCUGAAGUUUUGUGGCUUGACCCAUCUGAGUCCAAAAAGAGAUAAAAACAUAUUCCAAAGACCUCCGGCGAUUGUGCAAUGUAGAAAGAGGUGACUGUGUGACUCUGCUUUCCUCUGGCACAUAAAGCAUCUAUUAGCCAUAGAGAAGUUCCUUCUGGCCAAGUUAUCCUGUAUUAGGCAAGCUCCAUGAAGUGCAGUCCAAUUGAAGCAGAUAACUUUAGGUGGUAGUUAACAUGCAAGAUUGGGAGAUUGCUGAGCUCCAAGAUUUGUUGACACUGCUAUAUGGGCAAGACAGGCCCCAACCAUCUUGUGAUUCUUGGAGAUGGGGUUUGCGUGGCGAUGUUUUGCUCAUCGUAAAGUCCUUUUACCAGAGUAUGUUGGUGAGAGAGGAGGACACUUUUCCAUACUCCUCGAUCUGAAUUCCUUAGGCGCCCACGAAGGGGUGUUUUCCCAUGGCUAGCGGCGAGGGGAGUGAUUUUGACUGCUGAAAAUCUGCGAAAGAGCGGAAUUACACUUGUUAGUUGGUGCUACAUGUGUAAAAGCUCAGGGGAAGAAGUUGACCAUCUUUUGUUGCAUUCCCCUAUGUCCUUGGCUUUGUGGAGGGCAAUCCUGAAUCUUUUUGGUGUUCAAUAGGUGAUGCCAAGCACAGUAAAGGAAAUGUUAUGUAGCUGGGCCCGUUUCCAUAGAAGAAGAAAGCAAAAAGCAUGGAAGUUCGCUCCGUUAGCUGUCAUGUGGAUAGUUUGGGGGGAGCGAAAUAGGAGAGUUUUUGAGGGGAUUGAGUCUCCUUUUCCACAUCUUAAGAAUAGUCUUUUAUCUUUGAUCGCUUUGUGGUACACUCAUAUAGCCCCUACUUGUAUAGAAAAUCGGGCGUCUUUUGUAGAGAAUCAUAUUCUGAUGUAAAUUCUCUACUUUUUGGUAUACUUCCUGUAUACGGGAGUUCUCUCCCGUUUGAUUAAUACAACUUACCUUAUAAAAAAAAACUUUAGGUGGUAGUUUGACCUUCCAAAUUAGCUUCCAUGGCCACUGGUCAGUAAUUGCAUUAUGAGUUCCAGUAAAUUUGUAGGCUGCUUUCACUGAGUAUCUUCCUGCGUGUGUAGUUCCCUAUAUGAGUUGAUUUGGUGCUAAUUGGUUGCUCGAGAAGCCAUUUAGGGUGGCCAGUAGUCUGAGCAAUUCCUCAAAUUCCCAAUCUUGUAGGUUCCUUCUGUAAAUUAUGUUCCAAGUGUUGUCUUCCCUGUAAUGGCAUAUUGUUGAGUCAGGCUCUCUGGUACAUUGCAGGAUAGGCAUUCAUUAAAGUUGUGCUGCCCAGCCACUUAUCCUUCCAGAACUUGAUAUGAUGUCCAUUCCCAACUACAAAGUGCAUAUUCUGUGAGAACUCCUCCCAAAGUUUACAGAUAUGCUUCCAAACUCCAACUCCAUGUGGUGCUCUUAGAUUGUUUAGUGUACCAGUGGUUUUGUACACCAUGUUUGGCAUUGACAACUUCCUUCCACAGACAGUUAUUCUCCUGAAUGUACCUCCAUAGCCGCUUCAUUAAUAAGCAUUUAUUCCGUAAAGCUAAAUCCUUGACACCAAGUUAAUGUCAAAAAAUACGUACAACUAUAUGGGAGGCUCAAACACUGUGACUAUAAAUUGUCCCACUCGGCUAUACACACUCGAAUGCUUCUUUACAUAAAAAAGAUACAUGAAAUAACUAUGUUUUGAUACAUUCAAAUUCAAUAUCAUUCUAACUGCUAUGAAAUGAUCUCCUAUUCCUUUCAGUCUAUGUAGUCUAUAAAGGCAUAAGGGAGUGUUUUUCCAUACCACCCUGUUCAACCACCAUUAUUCAUCAAAUUGUCCCAAUCGCAUAUACACCCGAAUGCUACCGUUACACCAAAAUGAUACGUGAAAAAGAGACAUUUGGAUGCAUCCUAAAUCCUUCUCGCUUCUUUAAAUGAUCUCCUAUUCCUUAUAUUCCAUGUGUCCAGAGAAGGCAUAAGUAUGAUCUUCCAUACUGCCCUAGUUGUCUUGCCUACACUCUAUGCGCUUCAACAAGUAGCAGUCUGUUCCACUGUCCUCGGCAUCACCCAAGCUGUCGAACAAGGAAAAUCUGAGGAGCAAUAACUUGUAGCUGAAGUAAGUUAUGAUCAGUGAUUUCCCACUACUCCUCACAUAACAUAACAGCAGCUCCUCCCCACUCUCCUUUUUUAUUUUUCAGAUUAAUUUCACCUCAGACUGCAGAUCAAGUGGAGAAAGCUGCCAUUUGAGGUGCUUUGGUCUCCCAUACUGUUCCUAUUCCCAGCUACAACGAACUUUGUGUAGAAUGACGAGACCGUGAAUGACUUUACUCCUCUCCCUUCCUGUAAUAAUUUAUCUUCUCCUUUGUCUUCCUAUACUAUUUUAUCUUUUCCUUUAUCUCCUAUCAGCCGUUUGUAGAAUGUAUGGAGGAAUACCUCAAGUCCCCCGGAUCCAUUUUUGGCAACUCACGUUUUUGGUUAAGGAAAUACUAUGAAUGAAUAUAUUAGUAGUGAUUAGGAAUAGGAAAUGCAUAUAUGUUAGCGAUAAGGAAUUGGAAAUGAGUCAGUAAAAUUGUCUUAGAAACUUAAAACUGUAAAUUUGCAUUUGAAUCGGAAACUAAAAUGGUUCUUGAAAUCGACUGAUUUGAUUUUUAAUCCUUACACUAUACAAAAGUUUCCGUUCUAGUUAAAACAAUUGUUGUAUGAGCUUGCAUGCCAAUCCCCUUUUCCCUUCAUUUUCGCAGUUCUUUACCUUGCACUUAAGUUCCAGCAGACCUUGGCUCUUUUUUAUGCUUUUCGUUUUUACUAACACCAUCACAAGCCUUGGAGUAUGCGUUAUCUUUGGUUAGCAUAUUUCUUAACUAUUUUCUGUAGCCUGCACAUCUUAUGUUAUAUUAGUUUAUUCAAUAAACUACUAAGGUAGAUGAAGAAAAGAGAGUGCUCAUUUUAGAGACUUAAAUGCGUAAUUUAGGAUGUGCAAAGACACCUCCAUUUAGGGACGGCAGAGGCAAUUAUAAAAGGAGAAGUUCCUAUAUUUCUGAGAUUUUUAACUUUGUUCAGUGGUAUGGUUACUUGGAUAACAAUUGAUCCGGGAAAAAAAAGAAAAACUUGGUUCAUGUCUAAAACUAGGACCAAAACUUAUGCAUCCAAGUAAAUCAUAGUACAUCUGGAUUUAUGGUGUUUCCUUCAGACUACAAAUGCUUGUCUUUUGAUAAAGGAAACAGCUAUCCCUCUCUCUAUUGGAGAAUUGGGAUAAUGGGAUCUACAUCUUUCAUUUUGAUUCCAGCAGGAAAUCUUCUGCACUCUCCCAAUAGACAUCUGAGCUAUUGGUUAUAUGUUUAGUUCUUACACUCUUCAAUUCUUGUUGAUCGUUAUGCUUGGUGGCUUUAGUUUCUUUGCAGAUGCUGUUGGAGCAAUAUAUGCCAAUGAUUUGGACUAGCCUUGUAUCUACAUAGGUAUGGCGAAGUUGUUCACAAGCAUGAGUUUUUGUCAUUUUUUCUUUUUGAUAACCAAUAACUAUGUUGUUCCCUCUUCAAAUCCUGUGAAUAAUGGUCUUCCCUUCUACCCUUCUCUACUUAAAUGCCAGACUUGGUUCCCCAGUACUACCUAUGCCGAUGAAUCAAAGCCAUGAGGCAGAGUUUAUGCUAUAUUUACCAUCCUGUUUUUGCUUGUAUUUGCUUACUGCCCUUGGUUAAAUUCAUUCUUUUGUUUUCGCGGGGCUGAGCCUCUGGACAUUUGACAAUCUGCAUGUUAGCCUUUUCUUGAUUUGUUUCAAUUGAUAUGAACAGAAUACAACAUUGAUUACUUUGGA